AUGCAAGAAACCAUUUUUCUUUUCGACGUGGACGGAACACUCACGCCCUCCCGAGAGAAAGUCUCCAGGGAAAUGCGGGAGUUUCUGCAGGAGGUACGCUCUCGUGUGAAGAUAGGCUUCGUGGGAGGGUCUGAUUUGGAGAAGCAAAAGGAGCAAUUGGGCGAUGAUUGCACGGAACUUUUCGACUUCUGCUUCCCUGAGAACGGGCUUACCUUCAUAAAAAAUGGCAAAAAAAUCAGUUCAGAAUCGUACCUGAAUUUUAUCGGAGAGAAAACUCACGGGCGCCUGGUGAGGGAAGUUAUGCGGGAGUUUAGCGCUCUCCCAGAAGAAGAAGUUCCGAAGAUGCGGGGGAAUUUCCUGGAGCUGAGGACUUCUAUGGUGAACAUCUCCCCUGUGGGAAGGACCUGCUCUCGCGAGGAGAGACGGGAGUUUAAGGCGCUGGACGAGAAGAACAAAACACGCGAGGGAAUUGCAGGGAGGCUUCGGGAGAAGUUCCCAGGGCUCACGUUCUCGAUUGGAGGAGAGAUUUCGAUCGACAUCUUCCCUGUGGGAUGGGAUAAAACGUAUUCAAUUAGGCACUUGCACGAGGAGGGGAUAAAACGCAUUUACUUCUUCGGGGAUAUGACAUCCCCCGGGGGAAAUGACUUCGAGAUAUUCUCUGAUGAGAGAGUGAAUGGAUGCACGGUGACUUCCCCUGAGGAUACGAUCCAGAAGGUGAAGGAGCUUCUUAAGACGUUGGAAUAA